UAUUUCGAAAAAACAUUUGAAUUUGGAACGCUACUUCUGACACCGAAGUUAAUCUGUAUUGAAAGAAGCCUUUGAAAGAAUCCUCUAGAUAGUAGGCGCAUUGUAACUCCGGUCUCCGGCAUCAAAAUCGUUUCGUGAAAAAUUUCAAUUUGUGAAGUAAAUCUACAAAGCAGUCAAGAUGUGUGACAGGAAAGCAGUAAUCAAGAAUGCUGACAUGAGUGAAGAGAUGCAGCAAGAUGCAGUAGACUGUGCAACACAGGCUCUUGAAAAGUUCAACAUUGAAAAGGACAUAGCUGCCUUCAUCAAGAAGGAGUUUGACAAGAAGUACAACCCCACAUGGCACUGCAUUGUUGGGCGCAACUUCGGCUCAUAUGUUACGCACGAGACCCGCCACUUCAUCUAUUUCUACCUGGGUCAAGUGGCGAUACUGUUGUUCAAGAGCGGCUAAGCACAUCUCCUUGUUUUAAUCAAAAUUUUAUGUUGUUAGUGGACACAUUUGAACCUCCUCCCUCGGACGUGCCAUUUCAUGAAUAGAUCGGUGUACAUUCCUCCCAUCCUGUUUCUUUCCGAUCAUUAGUGUGGUGUAUGGCCGAGGGCGGGAGCCGAGUGUUUGUGGAAUGAUUGAGUGAGUGACUCCUCAUGAGCCUGUUUUAAUUUAAGAUGCUGGUCAUUGUUGGAUUCUAUGGACAUUCACUGGCGCACCAAUGAUUGUGUGUUUAACUUAAGGUUCUGGAUUACAUUUGUGUAAACAAGCAAUCACACCUAGUGUAUUUAUUAUAAUGGAAAUUUUAGUUAAUUAUUUGUAGACUAUAUACCUAGCAUAGCUUAAAGUCAUUAUGUUAGUACUUAUCUAAAAUUAUUUGUUUGACUACUUUGUUUGACUUCUUUGUUAAUAUAUUCACUGGAGAUAUUUUCAAUACUUAUAUUAUUAUUAAAUAAACUUUCUUACAAACUAA